UACUGUGAAGUUCUCCAAAGUCUUACUUUCUCCAGAAAUUCUAUUUCUGCUUAUUUAACUGAAAGAAAGAUUCUCUCAGGAGAGCCACCUCUUCUGAGGCUGUAUGGGCUUCAUUCUGCUUGAACUUACAGAAGAUAUAAAUCGAUCUUGAUAAAAAGGAAGUAUUUGCCAAAUUUUUAUCAUGCUUAUAUUUUUGUACUUUUUAAAAUGUCCCAUGUUGUGUUGAGUUCAUUAACACCGAGUGAACCUGCGGACCCCGCGCGGCCACUACGAUCAGAGCGAGGCCGGUGAGUGACCCCGGCCCAGAGCGCUGGUCACGACCCCUCCCCGCCCCACGGACAGCCCGAGUCGCCGGGAGUCUCCGAGUCCAAGAUCCACCCCCAGGCUGCGGGACCCGCCCAGACCCUCGACCCGGCAGAAACUCGGGCGCCUUUACCCGGUUUCAUUUUCAGUUUAGGCAAAAAUCCCCGCGGGUUGGUGGCGCGGGGACAGGGGACUUUUGCCUAAACUGAAAAUAGGCGGAGCUGACGCAAGGGCGGGGCCAGGGUCUCACACCUUCCAGAAGAUGUAUGGCUGCGACCUGGGGCCGGACGGGCGCCUCCUUGGCGGGUAUAACCAGUUCGCCUACGACGGCAAGGACUACCUCUCCCUGAACGAGGACCUGUGCUCCUGGACGGCCGCCGACGCGGCGGAUCAGAUCACCCAGCGCAAGUGGAAGGCGGCCAAUGCGGCUGAGGAGAUGAGAGCCUACCUGGAGGGCAGGUGCCUGGAGUCGCUCCUCAGAUACCUGGAGAACAGGAAGGAGCCGCUGCAGCGUGCGGAGCCCCCCAGGACACAUGUGACCCCUCACCCCAUCUCUGACCAUGAGGCCACCCUCAGGUGCUGGGCCCUGGGCUUCUAUCCUGCGGAGAUCACACUGACCUGGCAGAGGGAUGGGGAGGACCAGACCCAGGACAUGGAGCCUGUGGAGACCAGGCCCACAGGGGAUGGAAACUUCCAGAAGUGGGUGGCUGUGUUGGUGCUGUCUGAAGAGGAGCAGAGAUACACAUGCCAUGUGCAGCACGAGGGGCUGCCCGAGCCCCUCACCCUGAGAUGGGAGCCAUCUCCCCAUCCCACCAACCCCAUCAUGGGCAUCAUUUCUGGCCUGGCUGUCUUUGGAGCUGUAGUCACUGGAGCUGUGGUCGCUGCUGUGAUGUGGAGGAAGAAUAGCUCAAAUAAAAAAGGAGGAAGCUACUCUCAGGCGGCAAGCAGCGACAGUGCCCAGGGCUCUGAUGUGUCUCUCAUGGCUUGUAAGGUGUGAGACAGCUGCCUUGUGUGGGACUAAGAGGCAAGAUUUAUCCACACCUUCGAUUUGGGACAUCAAGAACCCUGACUUCUCUUACUGCAAAGGCAUCUGAAUGUGUCUGUGUCACUAUAUGCAUAAUGUGAGGAGGUGGGGAGACCAGCCCAGCCCCGUGUCCACCCUGACCCCUUCCACAUGCUGACCUGCAUUCCUUCCCUGAUCACCUUUCCUGUUCCAGAGACCUGGGGCUGGAAUGUCUCUAUCUCUGUCUCAACUUCAUGGUGCAGUGAGCUGUAACUUCUUACUUUCCUAUUAAAAUUAGAGUCUGAAUGUAAUUUACUUCUUGAAAUUAUUUCCAUGAGACAUUGAUGGGUUAAUUAAAGGAGAAGAUUCCUGAAAUUUGAGAGACAAAAUAAAUGGAAGGCCUGAGAAA